GCGGAGCGUUUCCUCUCCGCACCGAAACACGGACGGACUUCGACCCCGCGCGCGCUUCACUUUCAGUCCCCCCUCUUUCUCUCUCUCUCUCUCUCUCUCUCUCUCUCUCUCUCUCUCUCUCUCUCUCCCUCUCUCCCUCCCUCUCUCUCGCUUUCUCUCUCUCUCUCAGGUUGAAACUAACGACUCUGGAUCAGGUGCCGCCGGCUCUUUCGCACUAACACGCAGCCGCUCUGGGCUUUAAGGACACGAUUGCAGGACACUAUUAGUGUUAUUAGCAGCAUUAUUAGUAGGAUCUCGGCAUGCGGCUCCCUCCUCGUGUCGUAAAUCCGGCUCGGUUUGCUCCACGCUGAACCUUCUGCGAUGCUUGUUUCCCCCUCUGCUACAAAAACCGCUCGCGAGAGUCUGAAGUCCGGUUUGUUUUUCUUUCGAAAUCUGUCCGGAGGAGUUUUUGGUUUGUCAGUUAUUAUUUUUUAAAGCUUUGACAAUCUUUUUUUUCCCUUCCACGCACACGAUGAGCUUUAAGCCGAAAUGACCCGCUGCUUUCCCCGCCGUGGCUUUUAAAAAAUCUCUCUCUUGGCGCGAGCGAGCGAGCGAGUGAGGGUCUGAGCGCGUGCGCGCGCGUGCGUUUCGCUGUCUCCAGUUCACGAUGCCUUUGCUCAAAGUUGGGAGCGUUUGUGAAGAAGGGACUGUCGCGGCGCCGCUUUAACGGAGCUCGGUCCAUGUUUUCUUUUUUCCUGAGGACCGCGCGCGUACGAGUGUGUGCGUGAGCGAGUGUGUGCGCGCGUAACUCGAGGCGGGGUUAAAGUUCACUUCUAUGGAGCCGUGAAGCGCUGCUCACUCCGCACACUUGGAAAUGUAAAAGCAAGAAGCAGCUUUUAUUUCAUUCCCCUUUCUCUCUCUCCCUCUCUCUCUCUCCCUCUCCCCCUCUCUCUCUCCCUCUCUCUAUCUCUCUUUUUCUUCUUUUCAUACACACGGACACGGCAAUCAACUCGCACGCGGACACACAUAUAGCCUGCACACAUACACACUCACAUAACACACACAUACAUAAACACGCUGAUUCGUUACAGUCAUCCACACACACACACUUUACAAUUCAGCACACAAAAGACAACAGAUAUGUAUUCUCCGCUAUGCCUAACACAGGAUGAAUUCCAUCCUUUCAUUGAAGCGCUGCUGCCCCAUGUGCGAGCAUUUGCCUACACCUGGUUCAACCUGCAGGCCCGCAAGAGAAAGUACUUCAAAAAGCACGAGAAGCGCAUGUCCAAAGAAGAGGAGCGGGCGGUGAAGGACGAGCUACUGGCCGAGAAGGCUGAGGUCAAGCAGAAGUGGGCAUCACGGCUGCUGGCCAAGCUCCGCAAGGACAUCCGGCCUGAGUUCCGUGAGGAUUUCGUGCUCACCGUGACGGGGAAGAAGCCACCGUGCUGCGUGCUCUCCAACCCCGAUCAGAAGGGCAAGAUGAGAAGGAUUGACUGCUUGCGCCAAGCGGACAAAGUGUGGCGCUUGGACUUGGUCAUGGUGAUUUUAUUCAAAGGUAUUCCGCUUGAAAGUACUGAUGGCGAAAGGCUGGUUAAAUCUCCACAGUGCUCGAACCCAGGGUUGUGCGUGCAGCCACAUCACAUAGGAGUUUCUGUAAAGGAGCUUGACCUGUACUUGGCCUACUUUGUACAUGCAGAAGCAACGCAGUCUGAAAGUCCAAACCAGCCCAGUGAGGGAGACAUUAAGGACCAGCCAGAAAACGGACACCUGGGGUUCCAGGAUAGUUUCAUCACAUCAGGUGUCUUCACCGUCUCUGAACUUGUGCGAGUUUCACAGACCCCCAUUGCAGCAGGGACGGGGCCCAACUUCUCAUUGGCGGACUUAGACAGCUCCUCUUACUACAGUAUGAGCCCAGGGGCCAUGAGGAGACCCCUACCCAGCACCUCUUCUAGCAGUUCUGCAAAGCGUAUUAAGUGUAUGGAGGAGGAAGUGGACAGUCCAGGGGAGGAGUCCUACUAUCCCAGCCAGGGACGAUCACCAGGCAGCGGCAGCCAAGCCAGCAGCUGGCACGAAGUAGAGCCAGCUGGAUAUAAACUGCGUGGCUCACUAGCUAGUUCGUUCAUCUCAAGACAAGGAAUGCCAUCGCCCACCACAUUAAAGAAGUCAGAGAAGUCUGGUUUCAGCAGCCCUGUGCCUUCGCAGACCAACUCCCCUCGAACGGCAUUCACACACCAUCAUCGGCCAGUCAUAACAGGACCCAGAGCGAGUCCUCACGCCACGCCGUCAAGUCUUCAUUUCCCGACGUCGCCAAUCAUCCAGCAGCCUGGCUCCUACUUCUCCCACCCUGCCAUCCGCUACCACCCGCAGGAGACGCUCAAGGAGUUUGUCCAACUUGUUUGCCCUGACAGUGGUCAGCAAGCUGGACAGGUGGGCUUCCUGAACCCCAAUGGGAGCAGUCAGGGGAAGGUUCACAAUCCUUUCUUGCCCACCCCAAUGUUGCCCCCACCACCACCCCCGCCCAUGGCCCGACCUGUGCCGCUGCCCGUGCCGGACUCCAAACCGCCCUCCACCUCGGCCGAGGGAGGGGGCAACUCCCCCACCUCGCCAACAUACUCCACUCCGAGCACGUCCCCCGCCCAGCGCUUUGUCAGCGUGGGCCCCAGAGACCCCAGCUUUGUAAAUAUCCCUCAGCAGCCUCAGUGGUACCUGGGCUAAAGACUCCAGACUCGGACCGGCCACUCCCGAGCUCAGUUGCCCCCCACUGUCUCCCCUGAGUGUGACCCGUAAACAUGUCCACCAGUGUGACGCGCCAGGAGCCGCUCGUUGCCCCAGCACCCGACAGACCCACAGCAUGGCUACAGCAGAACCCUGCCCUGCCCUGGAAACAAAAACCAGUCGACUCAACUUGCUUACAACCAACACACUAUAUAUCUAUAUAGUCCACAUGUAUUCCUCCAGAUAUAUGGUUUCGAUGCCUAUAUUCAUAUAUAGUAACUGUCCAGCUCAUUUCUCUUCUGGAGAUGGAGCUUAAAAGAAGGAGCGCUAUGAUUUACUCUGAAACAUGCAUGAUUUGCUUUUUUUUUUGUGUUUCUUUUUUUUUUUUUUUUCUUUCUGUUUUUGUUUUCUUUUGUUUUUGGUUCACCUUCUCAGCCAGAGAAGGAAAACAAUCGAAAGCUUCCUUCAGUCACCCGUCAUGGCCGAGAAGUCCCAUAGCGAAGCUUCUUCAGCACUAUUUUCUGAAUUUGGUGCGGUUUUCCUGAAUUUCGUGCUUGUGACCAUCCUGGAUUGAGUCUGUUGGCGCUUUCUGUGGCCACCCGAGCUUGUCAGGAUCUGACGGAGUUGGAUUUUCGGGUGAAAAAGACCCUGGUUCUGGUGGUUGACUUCAUGCAGAGGUAUUUUUUUUACCUGGAUCAGACAGCACCAGCUAAAGCCUCUCUCUGACUCAUUAAGUCUGCUCUGGCCAGGACACUUCACCCCAUCUCCACCUUCAUCGCCAUGCACAUGGUCCAAAAAAGCCCUCCGAGGACUUCACGUGCUGACAAACAGCAAAUACAGGAAGAACACAUCCCCCAACCACACACACACACACACACACAUACACCUUUGUGUUUUCUGUCACGGGGCAGGGAGCGGAAGAUCACAGAUGAUGAUGAUGAUGUUCUAUAUCAGUCAACCAGGUGAAUUAGUGAGCUCAGAAGGCUACAAAGUGAAGUAUUCAAAUGGGAGAUUUUUGUGUUUAAAGAAAAAAAAGAUCUCCCACAUGGGAGUCAUGUUCAUAUUUCAUUUUUGUAUAAAGUUGUUUCAGUUGUUUCUAAUACACCACAGGUCUGUACAACACUAUAGAGAGAAGGAAAGGACGGAUAGAAAAGAGUGAGCUUCCAUUAACUGACAAAACAUGAGACAACCAUGAUUGGAGGUAAACAGUGGGAUUGUGAAUUGAGGAAAGUGCAAUUUUGUUGGAUAGCUGUUGGAUUGUUAAAUAUCUUUGUAAGAUAGAUCGUUGCAACGAUUGUUGAAAAGUAUAUAUAUAAAUAUAUAUAUUUUUUCUUCCUAGUCCGUUCACACCUCUGGGACUCUAAAAUAUCGGGGUACAAAAAAAUAGAACAAAUAGCCUUGUGAGAAAUAAGGGGAGCUGUACUUGCUUUUUGUUUUUCUUAUGUUUGUUCGUUCAUCUUUGUAAAUUUGUUAGUAUUGUAGAACAAAAAUCCCUUUAAGCAACAUUGCCAUUUAAACAAUCAAUUUUUAAACAUUCUGGACGCAUUGAAGUUAGACCCCUGUGCUAGUCCGUUCCAAAACACUAAGCUAAUUAACUUAUUUUAAUGAAGCACAUAGUCUAGGAGCAGUAGCCGUUCUUAAUUUCUCAUCAGGCAAAAGCCGGCAUGUAUAACAUAAGAAGAAUUCAGCCGUAUCAGCAGCUUAUUGCAAGCUUUCUGCAGAAAGGUUAAAGCUCUGGUUAGCUCAUUGCUGAUACACACCCAGGCUUGUGUGUUUGGAACACUAAUCUGGGGUCAGUUUUUGGGGACAAGUUAUAUCCUAAUAAAUAGUAAAAUGUGGACAGGGAGAAGCUGGUCCUAGAGCAGUGCUAUAACCCUACACAUACAGAAUGCUCCUUAUUCUACUGCCUUUCUCAGGCAAAAGCUCUUGGGCCCGUGGUGUAACUGCAGGCUGGUCAGUACCGGGGUUAAGACGCCGAUACAGUGACAACUUCCUCCGUAACCUUUUUGAAAGUGUUACAUAAAAAAAAGAAAUGAAGAAAUGUGAUCAAAUGAAACAAUCAGACAAGAAUGCAGCCGGAGAGCAAAGCGCUUUUUUUAAUUAGUUCAGUUUGCAUGCAGUUUAACCUCGUUUUAUUUGAAUUUUGGUUUUCUUUUGCUUCCUACAGUACUUAUAUAAUACACAUAACAACUGACUCAUCCACUGUUGAUCAGAUUUUAAAAAAUGAAAAAAAGUCAUUAAAAAAGUUUAAAAAAAUGCAUGUCGUAGUGUUAGUGACAAAUUUUUACCUAGAUCAUGUAGAGUUAAAGUAGUGUGAAUAAAGACACAAUAUUGUAAUCCCAACACCAGGCACUUGCCAAUAGAGUAUUUGUUUGGCCCCUUAAAAGAAGGGUAUUUUUACUGCUGUCCUCACAAUCUGUCAGCUGAACGUCUUUGUGACUCUCCUUCGCUUCUUCUCUUUUCUGUAUGUUGACCCUCACUUCUUUUGUCCCUUUACAGAACAAUCAUUCUUGUUUUUUUUCCCUGUCAAGAACAAUGUGUUUCACAUUCUCCUCUCAAAUUGCACGGAAACAAUUGUUUCUCAUCAAUGUGCCUUGAGCGAUGGUCUAUUCCUGAGUUGAUGCACAAGUUGCAGUUGUUAUUUUCCAGCUUUUCCAGCAUUUUCCGAUUCGUCUCCCACAGCAUUCGGGAAUCGGAGAGCGAAGUGGAUGCUAAUGCUAAAAGCCCUUGCUAACAGUAACACAGAGGAUUACUACCUGCCCUUUUUAUUCCGCUCAUCAGCCUGUGUCCCAGGCUCCCAGGCCUCAUGAUGCAACAUCCUGGUGCCGUGUGAGGACGAGACUGUAAAAUCCAGCCUCAGUCUUGUACUGCUGUUCAGUCCCCCAUUGGGCCCCAGUAGCUGUACUGUGAAGUAUACGUUUAUUAGUGUAACCGUUAGAUUUAUAGCCCCAGGCCCCCUUUAUUCUAGUAGUGAUAACACUUGUGUAUUGAUAUUUAUGGAUGUUGCUGCAAUUUCUAAAUUGAAACAAAUUUUUUUAGUCUUCCUGUUUUUGUUCCCAGAAAAAUAAGAAAAAAAAUAAUAUGCAAUACUUGCUUGCACUCAUGUAGAUGUAGUGAUUAAUUUUAUAUUUUUUUCUUUUGUACAUUUUUUUUUUUUUACCAAAGUUAGUGUUGCACUUGACUGGCUGGAUGCUGGAUGUACUUCAGUGUCUGAUAAAAUCUCUCCUUACGUCCACGCCAGCCUCGUUCGGGGUAUUCUACUUUCUUUGUGCUUGACAUAAAUGACCAUUCAUGUAUUAUUCAUGUAUUUGGAUCACAGUUUAUUUCUUUUUUGCUUUGUUUUGGUCACAAGCAAGCCUUAAAACAAGGAAACUUCCUCUCCAUCACAGCAAACCAUGUUUUUAACAUACAGGACGAGUUCAAGGAAAAAAAAUUUCCAAGAUAAAAAUAAAUAUGCCCACUUUUAUGUACAUUUUGACAAACUUCCAUGUUAUAUUAACUGUUUUCUUGUCUAUUGAAUAUAUAUCAUUUAACAGAAAGAAUUGGGGGAAAACAAAUCCCCAACGUCUGAUAUGAUGGUUUAGUAAUUACACUUGUGUGGGUUUUUUUCUUUUUUAUUAGUGUGACAAAUUAGUUUUCCAUUGUUGUUGCCUACCCUUUAGUAAUGAGUUGGGCAUUACUUUCUUAAUUAUCUGCACUACAUAUGAAAUAAUGACAAUUGUGAGAAUUAAAAAAAAAAUCAAAAAGAAAAAAAAAACAGCUUCCAGGGCUUACAAGAGCGAAGGGAAAAAUAUGAUUGCACGGACAUUUUUUUGUCACGAAACCUUGUUUAGAGCAGCCUAUCAUCUAAUCAGCAAGAUAUUCGGCUGUGCGUGUGUAAGAUAAUGACAAAAUUGCACCCUUUUUAAAGAAAGACAAAAAAGAGAAAAAGAAUAUAAAAGCAAUAGUUUGGGCAGUCUGUUUUGUUCUUGUGUCGUGUGUGCAAUUUUAGUUUUUGGGGUUUUUUCGGUUUUGUUUUUUCUUUUGGAGGGGGGUACAGAAGUGGAGUUGUAGGGAGAAGCUGAACAAAUCGAAUCAAGAAUUCAGACAGAGAAGAGAGCGAGGACACAAGCCUCUGAGUGUGGGAGAUGUGUUGUUUGUAUAUUGUAUAGUUUUAUUAAUUACACUGAUUUUAAAGCUGCCCUAUUUUAUAAUGCAGGACUUUUGUAACAUUGAUUAAAUGAGGAAAAACUAGUGUUGUGAAUUUUCUCAUCGUUUGUAAUAAGGCCACAUUAAUAGAACUGGUUUUGUUUGUUCUCUGGGGAACUGGAUUUAAGUUGAAAACUUUCCUGUUUCCUGAUUUAUCUUUUUUUUUUCUUUUGCUUUCCUUUUUUGUAUGUAUUUAAAGACUUUUUCUUCUUUUGAUGGUAUAGAGUAUUCCUAUACUUGAAAAGUAUAAGGUAUUGAGGUGAAAGCCCCAUUGUAAAUGGAUGUUACAAGUAUGCUUGCUGUAUGUUUUGAAGGUUCUUUGUUGCAUCAGUGUUGAUGAAGCUAAAUCUAGGUAAUUCUGAGGAUGUUGGUUAAGAAAAGAGAGCGUUUUUAUGCAUUUUAAAAUUAGUUUUAGGCAGAAGACAAUGACAUAGACAGCCAAAGGAUGCCCCUAUUAUAAAUGCAUCUAGGCAUCUUUUUUGUGUUCACCAUUCCAUGCAGGAAAAUAAACAGCUUGAUAUGCAACAUGAUUCUUUUUCUUUUCAACAUAAUUCUCUCUCUCUCUCUCUCUCUCUCUCUCUCUCUCUUUCACCUUUGCUAACCAAGCAUGGUGUCACAGCAAGCUGGGAAGCAUUCUCUCCAUUUCACCACACACUGCAGCAGGACUCCUUAUUGACUCUACACACACAGUCUUAGCCGAUAUUCAGUUAUCGCCACUACACAUUGAUUGAAGGAGAGAGAAGAGCAUUUCCUCUUUUAAUAGAAAAUACCCACAGAAGAGCAUUCAGCUCAGCCAAGAUUAGCAAUCCUUUAUUUAAUAAUUUAAUCCAAUUUUAUAAAAAAUCUAUCAAAUUUAAUAACGCAGUGUAAAGCCUGUGGGUCAGGUAGGCCAAUGAAGACUGAUGAUGCGGAUAAAUCUGCAUAGGCAUUUCACUAAAUGGAUAAUUGCUUUGCAAAAGGACAGAAAACUUGCCACAAUGAUCCAAACAGCCUUAAGUCUGAAUUACAAACGCACCAGAAUGGUGUCCAGAUGUUUUUCCACGCUGCAGACUUAAGAGCAUUUUUACAUCUGCCAUCACCACCUCGCUGCACCGCAACUGCAUACACACAUGCAGCAUUUCCAUCAGUACAGCAUUUUCAAAUCAGUUUCUCAUUCCACUGUCUGUAUUAAAUAUAAAACACAUGCCCAUGUUAGGAUUAUAUGUCUCUUCAUAAUAGUUUACUUUCGGGUCAAAAAAGAUACUGUUGCGAUUGACCAUUUUAGGAAACUUUGCUUGGGAAAUUGAACUUUAACAGUUUUGCAUCAAAACAUCUUAGAGCUACAGUCAACGCCUGGUUUAUGCCCCUUCAUUUAUUCCUGAUGUAAUUUGGGAAGGGAGGAAAAUUCAAACAGCUUUUCUGACUGCUGGGUGAGCUGCUGAAUACACUCUGGAGAAUCUUCCCAGCAUUGUUCCAUUACCUUCCAUUUUCAAUUAGUAAAUAUACAAUUCAUGGCCAUUGAGUUUUUUUAUAUUUAAUCUUUGAAGCUCUGCCACCCAUGAAACAGGGUUGAAUGACAUUGCAUAACAGGCCUUUGUCAUCAUUCAUUUGUCCCCAUUCUUGUGGGCGUGAUGAAGUGUUUCCCCAUGUUUAUUUGGAGGAAAAUAAAGCUUUGAGUAAUUUUAAGUAAAAAUUGGCAGAGCUUGGAAGGCUAGUAUCAUAUUUGACUACUAUCAGGGUAAGGUUCAUUCACAGUACAUCAAGCAUAAUAUACCAAAAAAAUAAGCCCAGAAUGGAUAUAAUCAACAAAUUACUGUAAUAUCAACCCCAAAUUUAGUUUUUUUGGAGGACUUGUCCUGGGCUUCAGUCACACUGGAUCUGGCAGUGCAUGGGAAAGUGCAUGUGGGUGUGUAAAGCUCCCCUUAGCUCGUGGACAAUCAACUCACACACUUACUAACAACCUUCUCACAUGUUGAUUCACUGAUUUCUGAUUUCUUAUGGCUUCAUGAUUAGAUAGGGACUAUAAAAUGGCCAGCGUGUAUCUAUGACCUCCCUCUGAAGACAUAAUUGACCCGUGCUCCACCCUCAAAUGUGUUCUUUUGUAGGUUGGAUAGAACAUUAGGACAGAAUGUUUGACAAAAAUGCCAUUCAGAUCAGUUUCAAUUGGAGUUUAGAUUCACUCCAUAUUGUUGAGUAUGCUACGCUAACAAGCUGUGUUGUUGUAGCUAAUCACAACUAGUCAGGUUGGAAAUGGCAAAGAAUUUGCCACCUUUCUACCAGCACUAGCUUAAUCACUCAAUAAAGAGGCUACGUUCAAUCUGUCCUUAUAGUAUGACCUAUAACUUGCAUACAAGAUAAAUAUCUUCUAAUAAUAAUAAUUUUGUGACUAAAUCUCUUACAUACAUUUAGAAAUUCUCAUUAUGUUUAGUGGAAUUUUUCCCAAGCCUUUUAAGCUUAGCAAUAAGUGCUAUGAAAGAACGCACUUGCAGGCAGAGCAUGGUUACGUCAUCUGCUUUAUAAAGGCCUAUGGAUAGGUUGGGUAGUGUGGACAGUAACAGAACAGAUUUAGGCCUGGCAGGCCUUGAGGGCAGGUAGCGUAGCCGCAACUCCGGCUCUACCACUGUCCAACAGCUCUGCUAAUCUCUAACAAAAGAUGUUCGCCUUCUUUUGAGAAAUUGUUGGUGCUACUUUGGUUGAUAAGAUGGAGACUAACUAGACUUAAGACCAUGGCGAGUGAUCCUGCUUUCUGACCGCCUCGCAGUCUUAUCUGCAUGACAACUAUGCACUGAUGAAAUUAAACGAAACGCUAUUCUAGACAAAGUCGUCAAAUACGUUCGGUAUCUACCUUCAACUUAAGCCUUUACCUUUUUUUCUGAUGUAUUUUUUUUGUCAGUUAAAGUUGUAGUGAAAUGAAAAAUGAAAGCAAACCAGCAUUUUAACUAAUAUAUUUAAAAAGAUCAAUUGUAGUGCCUGUGAAAUACUGUAUUAUAUUGCUCCUCUGAAUAGCAAAUACUACAAUUGUUUAUAAUUGUUUGGAUUUUCUUCUCUCAACACCAGUAGCCUUUGCUGUCUGUCAGAGCCCUUUGAAUAUCGCUGAUGUACAAUAACUACGGACUAUAAACUGCAUGCUCCUCCAUACUCACCUACUAAAGCUGUCAAUGAAUAUGACUAAAGAUAAAAUAUGAAAAAUAUGCUAUUUUAGUCUCUUUUUUCCUAUUUCCUUCAAGAAGCUGUCUUUCUCUUCGAUUUACCUUCCGUCUCAUUGGUUGGUGUAUUUUCAGAAUAUGCUCUAGUCACUUUUAUAUACGUCCACUGCUUCAAGUUUUUGCUUUACUCUUUUUGCUACUUUGAAAAGAGUGAGCGUCCAUCUCUAAUCGUUUUUAAUCGUCCUCUCCUCUGGUCUCAUGCCAUGACACAGGCCUAAUGUAGUCAUUGUCAAUGCUACAUGUCCAUGGAGAUCAGCUCAGACGUUCAGUCCCAACCAUUCCCACAGUAAAAAUGCAGUCUUUACUGAAUAACAGCGGUUUCACAGGGAGAAUCCUGAGGGGUUUUCAGUUGAUGAAGCAUUGUGUGCUCAAGCUGUGGAGAGCAAAAAGAAAUCCGAUAAGUGAUUUUGCUGAAGAUGUUCAGUAGCGCUAGCCUCAUUGGACUGCAGAUCAAUGUUGCUGUCAUAUACAGUGUGUUCAGCACUAUCGGGGACAAAGGAACCUCAUUGAAGUGUGGGGGGGUUUGGGGAAAUGUUUGGGGGUGAGAGAGCGUUUGGUUUGCUCUCAGGAAAACCCUUCAAAUGAAAGGUUUCUGGUUUCUAAUGCUAAUGUUGCAAGGCCCACCUUAGAGACAGUACAGCUCUGCAAAGCCAAGCUCCAGACCACUGUUUCAUUUCGCCAGUUCAUCAGCAUUCAAAUCCAGGCAGUGGUUGAAGGUGGUCUUCUUAGAUGUCUUUAGUGAAGAGCAUGAUCUGAAGGGCAGGGCCACUGAGUUUACCCUCAAGAGUAAAUGUUUAGCGGCCUGUCAGUCGUAAGAAUUGACCUGUCCGUGCUCAGGCCACAAAUGUUUGCUUCCAUAGCUACUGCUGCUACGUUGGACAAGCUUUAAAGUUCUGUCUGACCUAAUAAUCCUGCAGCACACAACUCAGUAUUAGACAGUGUUUGUUAAGUAGGAAAUUCCACCAUGCUAAGGUUAGUUCGAUUACAAAAAGAAAGACUAAGAUUGUUCCAAAUGUAGAUAUUUUGACAGAAAGCUGUUGUGUGCUUUUCCCAUUUGAAUGAAUGGAAUUUUUGCUCUUUCCUGCAAAAAAUACUAUCUUGGCACGUGAAAACGUCAUAAAUCUAGUCAACGUAUGUUUUAAAACAUCUCCAAAAUUAUAACUGUACAGGAGAGGACAAAAAUCUUCUUUACUUUCAAUAUAAGUUAACAUAAAGACAUUUAUUUAGAGGCAAUUUUGGACCAUUUCUGUUGGUCCAAUCAUCAUGAAAUUUUUACGUAUUGUAAAGGACAACCGCUGAGGUCAGAUAAUGAAGAAUGGCAUAAAAAUCACAAAAAUAUUGAUACUAUUUUUUGGACAGCGACAAUAUGUAGCAUUUCCCAUCUUAAGAUUGUAUUAAGAAUUUUAUACAUUUAUUUAGCUUAUUUCUGGCCAUUUUACCUUGUUUAAAGUCAUUUAGCUUGCUUUAGCAAAGUGUUCUACUGAAAAUGUUGUACUCUGUUGAUAGAUGAUUUUGCUGGUUUCAAGAAACAUUUCUACACAAAUCUCUAGAAAUAAGUAAAAGUAGAAAUAUUACAUAUGUUGACUAAAUUUAAGAUGAUUUUACUUUGCCAUGAUACAAUAUUUUGCAUUAUACAAAGCAUGUCCAGCCUGGCAUGAGUGCAUACAGGUGAAUUGUGAUAAGAUUUAAGAUGUACCAUCAGGAUUGUGAUAGGACUGUUGUCAAAAUGUGAAUUUCUCUGGGGUGGGUUGUUGUCUAAACAAGGUGCUUUGAGUAAAGUACUGCACUUAGUUCCAUCAGUGUGCAUUUAUAGUGAUAUACGUCACUUGUGUAAACUGUGAAGUCAGAAAACAUCGUCUUUGCAUUGUUGAACUUGCUUUAAAUGUGGGCAGCGUUUUUCAUGUGAAUAAAAUACAUCACAUCAGCACGAGUUUGUCUUCUAGUUUAUUUACCGUUGGCACUAACUAUGCUGAUGUAAUAGAUUUUGCUCAUGAGAAAAUGAUAUGUUUUGAAUGAAAUAACUUAGUCUGUGGCCUCCAUUGCCGACCCUGACCUCAAGAAGACAAUCCUGCUCAUCCGCUUACAUGAGACUCAGUAGAGGAAUGAUAGAGACUGAACCUCUGCUGCCGUGUCACAGCAUCCUCCUCCAAACCAUCUCCCCUAUCACGACCUUCACCGUCCUCAUCCUCCUUUCUGCUCCAUCGUAGUGCAGUAGUGCUGAAUAACGUAAUGGAAUUUUAGUUUACAGUUUAUGAAGUCAGACUGAAACCUUGUGCCUCUAUUACACAUUCUGAAGAGAACCUGUCAUUCUGAGCAGCCGGUGUUUGUUGUUUGAUGUUAAGGACUCACUCCACCACUGAUUUGACUUCACUGUGUUCUUGUGUUAAAUCCUCUGUGAACGACUGUCUUGUGGUGAUUUCCUCUCUUUUCUCCCUCCCAGGGUCAUGUGUAUGCAAGAUUCUAGUACAAAAAUGCUGAUCUAGGAUCAGUUUCCUGUCUGUUAUAUCCUAAUGAAUCAAUCUAUGGGCCUGAGGGAGCUGAUCCUAGCUCAGUUUUUAAAUAUAAUUUGAUACAUAUGGGCCUCUAAUCUGUGUAUUUUAACCUUUAUCUUUUCUGUCGUUCUUUCAGUCUAUGUAGUGCCAUCUCUCUCUCUCUCUCUCUCUUUCUCGGCCCAUUACUGUGACCACGUUCAUUCUCUGACUUACUGGAAGCAAAAUGUGCAUUUCCUAUGCAACAACAACAACUGAAAAAAGAGAGAAAUAAAGACGCUAACGCUG